CGACAUCCCCGACGGACCCACGUUUGAUAUCGACCGUCUAAAUGCGCCCGCAUACCUAUCGGCGCGCGCAUGCAAAGGCACACCUUGUCUUUCGCUCCCACCAAGCUCCUUCGACGCGUCCAGAUGCGAGUCGCGCUCUUGGGCUUGUUGCCCCUUGCGGUGGCGGCGGCGGACGUGCUCCCUUCGACGUACACAGUCCCGGGCGCGUUCCCGACCUCCGUGUUCACGGCAUACUACAAUGACCCCACUGCGACGGCGUCCCAGCCGCAGCCGAUCGUCCAGGACCCGGUGCUGAACAAGACGUACCCGCUCAACCUCACCGCUCCGGAUUCCAUCCCGAAGACGAACUCCGACCCCCACCCCCUCCCACCCAAAGCGUCCGAGGAUGUCCUCCUCCAGCUCGCCUUACAGCAGCUCGCCUCCAUCAACGGCUCCGCGGCCUUCAACGAUUCUUGCGCGAAAUGCGUCGCCGGGCUCGAGGUCGCCAAGUUCCUCGCGCUCGCCGCACCGGAGAAGGGCCCAGAGCUCGCUGUGGGCGCGUGCAAGCUCUUCGAGUACGACGACGACGCGAGCUGCGAGAUCACGUACGGCCGGCAGGGCCUGGGCAACAUCUUCACGCAGGUCGCCGCGAACGCGGACACGGCGAACCUCGACGGACAGAUGCUCUGCUUCACCUUCCUCAGUCUUUGCCCCAUCGCCCCGGUUCCCGAGCUCGACGACCUCUCGUCGUGGUUCGCGAAGCCCAAGCCGGACCCACUCCCGAUCAAGCAGCGCAGCGGCGAGCGCCUCAAGGUCCUCCACCUCUCGGACGUGCACCUCGACGCGCGCUACGUCACCGCCGGCGAGGCGAACUGCACGUCGGGCAUGUGCUGCCGCACGAACAACCACAACAACGACUCUCCUGAACAGAUCAUCGAGCCCGCGCCGAGGUUUGGGCAUUAUCUGUGCGACACGCCUGAAUCCUUGUUCCUUGCCACGCUGGAGGCUAUACCGCCACUCACCGAGACUGUGGACACGGGGUUCGCCUUCAGCCUUUAUACUGGUGACCUCGUCUCGCACGACAACGACAAUCAGGGCGGCAGGGACUACACGACGUACUCGGAGACCGUCGUGUACGACCUCUUCCGCCGCAUGUUGGGUUCGGGCCCGCUCUAUGCGACGAUGGGCAAUCACGACAGUUACAACUCCGAUCAGGACGUGCCGCAUAGCAUCGGAGGUCAUUUGGCGGACCAAUUCCAGUGGAACUACGAUCACCUUGCCUCGCUCUGGGCGCACGAGGAAUGGCUCCCAGAAGCUGCCGUGCAACUCGCACGUACGCAUUACGGCGGCUACAUGGCAAAGCGGGCUGAUGGUCUGCGCAUCAUCUCACUGAACACGAACUUGUGGUACCGUCACAACUACUUCAACUUCAUCAACAUGACGCAUCCAGAUACGUCGGGGAUCUUGCGUUUCCUGACCGAUGAGCUCCAGGAUGCGGAGGACGCGGGUGACCGAGUCUGGAUCAUGGGCCACGUUGGCUCAGGCUGGGAUGGCACCAACGCGCUCCCGGGGCCGACAAAUUUGUUCUACCAGAUCGUAGACCGGUUCUCGCCGCAUGUUAUAGCCAACAUUUUCUGGGCGCAUACGCACGAGGAUCAAUUGUCGAUCUACUACGCGAACAAUGCGACGGAGAUCAGCGCGGAGACGGCGCAGACGGUGGCUUGGAUUGGCCCGUCUAUUGUGCCGCGUACCCGCGUCAACGCUGGCUUCAGAGUCUAUGAGGUCGACUCUGCGACCUUUGAGAUCAUGGAUUCGCAUACCUGGUUUAGCAAUGUUAGUGACUACCACCAGCUCGACCCGCAGGUUGAGCAGGGUCCGACGUUCCAGUACGAGUAUAGCGCGAGGGAUGUGUACGGUCCCUACGUAGAUGGAUGGGGCGAAAAUGACCCUCUCAAUGCGACUUGGUGGCAUAAGGUCACUGAGGCCAUGGAGGACGAUCACGCCCUCGUCUCAACAUUCAAUCAUCUGCAGGGGAAAUCCUCGCCAAUGUCGCCAAACUGCACGUCCGACGAGUGCGCGGAGGCGAAGGUGUGCUACCUUCGCAGCGGUUCGUCGCCGAUCGGCUUGCAAUGCGUACAAGGCUAUGGAUCGGUGCAGUCGCAGUACACUGGGCCACAGUAAGAGGUCGAUCCGUAUGUACCAAGGGUCGAUGUGGCUAGGUUACAGCGGUGUAAUCAUUGGAACGAUAUCGUUCCGCAGACUCGUCAUCGCGUGUAGUUCUGGCGACUGGUCAAGGAAGUAUCUGAUAACCGGCUUCUCGCCUUUUAGUGCAAACCUUUACGUCUUAUUCUGUGGCUUCCUGACCUUCGGGGUGCUAUGUGGCACAAUUGUAGGUCCCCUCGUCCCGCC